AGAAGGCAUAUAUCAAUGUAUGAGAAUAUUGAAGAUUUUCUGCGAGAAAACACUCUCAUGCCAAUCAGGUAUUCGUAUAAAGAAAUAAAGAAAAUGACAGCAGGUUUUAAGGAAAAGUUGGGAGAAGGAGGAUUCGGCUCAGUCUACAAAGGAAAGCUAAUAAGUGGACCCUUCGUAGCCAUAAAAAUGUUGGGUAAAGCGAAAGGAAACGGCCAAGAAUUUAUCAAUGAAGUUGCUACAAUUGGUAGGAUACAUCAUGCGAAUGUGGUGAAGUUGGUUGGCUUUUGCGUCGAAGAAUCAAAACGUGCUCUUGUAUAUGAAUUCAUGCCGAAGGGUUCUCUCGACAAGUAUAUUUUUUCCAAAGAGAAUAGUAUAUCAUUAACAUAUCAGAAGAUGUUUGAGAUAUCUCUUGGAGUGGCUCGCGGUAUAGCUUAUCUACAUGAAGGUUGUGACAUGCAGAUUUUGCAUUUUGAUAUCAAGCCUCAUAAUAUCCUUCUUGAUGAGAACUUCAUUCCUAAGGUCUCAGACUUUGGUCUCGCAAAACUUUAUCCUCUUGAUAAUAGUAUUGUAACUUUGACUGCCGCAAGAGGAACUAUUGGCUACAUGGCCCCAGAAUUGUUCUACCAAAAUAUUGGAGCAGUAUCUUAUAAGGCUGAUGUCUAUAGUUUUGGAAUGCUUUUGAUGGAAAUGGCGAGUCAAAGAAAAAAUUUGAAUCCGCAUGCAGAACAUUCAAGUCAACUUUAUUUUCCAUUUUGGAUUUAUAAUCACUUAGCUGCUGAGAGUCAAGAGAUAGAGAUGAAAACUUUUAAUCAUGAAGAAAGGAGUGAACUAACAAAAAAGAUGUUUAUGACUGCACUAUGGUGUAUACAAUUGAAACCAUGUGAUCGUCCCUCAAUGAAUGAAGUAGUGAAAAUGCUAGAAGGAGAUGUCGCAACCAUUAAAAUGCCUCCAAAACCUUCAUUUUAUCCAAAUGACGUGAUUCAAAGAGAUUCCGAGAUUUACUCCGGAGUAAAUGAUUCAAAUAAUUCUUAUGCGUCUUCAAGUUUUGAGGAGGAAAGUACAACCAACCCUUUGUUAAAGUUUUCUGGUUGA